AUGUGGAGAUACACGAACUUAUUUGCCUGUCUGCUGGUUCUGUGCAAGGAUGCGUCCUCUCAGAGCAAGAUCUUUGGGGAGACUGAGCCAGUCCGGAUGACGUCCGAGGGCUCGGACUGCCGCUGUAAGUGCAUCAUGCGUCCUCUAAGUAAGGAUGCCUGCCUGCGACUGCGGAGCGGCAGCGUACGCGUGGAGGAUUUCUACACAGUGGAGACGGUCAGCUCUGGAUCCGACUGUAAGUGCUCGUGCACAGCCCCGCCCUCCUCCCUCAACCCCUGUGAGAAUGAGUGGAAGAUGGAGAAGCUGAAGAAACAGGCACCUGAGUUACUGAAGCUCCAGUCGAUGGUAGAUCUGCUGGAGGGAACUCUGUACAGCAUGGAUCUCAUUAAAGUCCACUCCUACAUCAACAAGGUGAUGUCGCAGAUGAACACUCUGGAGGAGACAAUCAAGACCAACCUGACGCGGGAGAAUGAGUUUGUGCGGGACAGCAUGAUGAGCCUCACCAACCAGUUUAAAAGAUACGAGAACUACUCCAACAUCAUGAUGAGCAUCAAGAAGGAGAUCUCCAGCCUCAGCCUGCAGCUGCUACAGAAAGACAAAGCUCAGGACACUAAUGAUGACAAAACCAAGGUGCCUGUGAAACUCCCCAACAAAAAGACUCCUGCAGCCAAACCUCCUCCCAAAGCAGCCAAAGAGAAGGUCGUAAAGCCCAAGAAAGAGGUCAUUAAACCCGGGAAGCUGCUCAAGCCUGACCCCACAGCCAAAGCCAAGGUGAUUGGCCACCAGCCCAGUGUGGUAAGGGGCAUCACAUACUACAAGGCUGCCAAGACCAGCGACGACCACAGAGAAGACCACUCUGCCAAAGCGUACUCAGUCCACCAUGUCACAGAGAGCCAGUCUGAGGACGGAGCUGAGAUGGUCCUGGAAACCAUGAAGGCCACUGUGGCUGAACCCGUCACCAACACCGCAGCCGCCACCACUACAACUACCACCACCACCCAAACUACUACCACCACCACAACCACCAUUGCACCCACUACUAUCACCACACAGAACACAGCAGCAUCUGAGAGACCGGCGCCGACCAUAGUCCUGGUCCUGGACAACUCGAACAACAACAGUCGUCCCACUCUGCAUAGAGCCGGGAAGAUCCUGAACUGUGAGGGGACUCUGGCGUCCAUUGAGCAGCCAGAGAAGCAGCACAGUUAUGGGAGGAACGAGGGAGCCUGGAUGAAGGAUCCUCUGGCUAAAGACUCCAAGAUCUAUGUCACUAACUAUUACUAUGGCAACAACCUGGUGGAGUUCAGGAACCUGGACAACUUCAAACAAGGCCGCUGGAGCAACCUUUUCAAACUGCCUUACAACUGGAUAGGAACAGGCCACGUGGUUUACAAUGGAGCCUUCUACUACAACAGAGCCUUCACCAAGAACAUCAUCAAGUACGACCUGAGGAUGCGAUACGUGGCAGCCUGGACGCUACUGCACGACGUGGUUUACGAGGACACCACCCCCUGGAAGUGGAGGGGCCACUCGGACAUCGACUUUGCGGUGGAUGAAAGCGGCCUGUGGGUGAUCUACCCCUCAAUGGACUAUGACUACAACCAGCAGGAGGUGAUUGUCAUCAGUAAACUGGAUCCUGGAGACCUGUCCUUGAAAAAGGAGACCACCUGGAGGACCGGUCUCAAGAGGAACUCUUAUGGGAACUGCUUCAUCAUCUGCGGCGUCUUGUACGCCGUCAAUGUGUACAACCAGAAAGAAGGUGAGGUGAACUAUGCUUACGACACCCACACCAACACUGAAGCCAUCCCACGCCUGCCCUUCACCAAUGAGUACUCCUUCACCACGCAGAUCGACUACAAUCCCAAGGAGAAGGUUUUGUACGCCUGGGACAAUGGCCAUCAGCUGACAUAUCGGGUAAACUUUGUCGACCAGUGAGCACAGUGAGGUUGUGACACAGAUAAGCUCAAAUAGGCCUGCCAGUCUGGCACCUACAGGAAGAAGAAGCUCAGUAUUUGACAGCCUACAAACAGGCAUAUUGGACUAAACAGGACAAAGGAUGAAUCUACACCAGCCUUCCAGUACCAAUGCAUGCUAUUCAAACAGCUGACCUCACAGUGGACCAAACAUACAUGCCUCAAAGAUGUAUUGGGAUGUGUUUGUACAGUAUGUCAAUAGAAUGAGACAAAAACAGUGGAAAUAAUCAAACAGGUUGAGUUAAAGCUGAGAGUUUAGAGUCAUACAGAUUUCUUUUAUGUUCGUUUAUUAUUAUUCGUUUAUGAAAUGUCAGCAGGCUGGUUAACAAGCAGAGAGAUGAAGGGUGUGUUUAAAGCAAACACAGCCCCUGUUGGUUUCUGACACUUUGACGCCUGCAUUUUGGAUUUAUUCAGAUGUCAGUAGAUGCUGGUAGUUUCUGAGGCCUGCCAGUGGUAUGAGCAGCAGCAGAGAGAGGUUAACUAAUCAAGCAGAAACUUUAAGUGUUAACAUCCUUACUUCAUUAUGUCAUUAAUCUCAUUAUAAAACAUAUAUGGCCUUAUAUGGUCUUGGUUGCUGUAGUUCUUCCUCCUGAUAGUGAAGUGAUGCUCUCCUAAAACAGCCACAGUGUAAAAGAUGGUGGGAAACACUACUUGUUUUGAGUCAGUCAUGCUAGAUGAACUUUAUAAUGCAUUUUUACACAAAAAGAUUUUGUACCCAGUUUCUUGACAACCACUUUAGACAGGAGGAGAAAUGGUUACAGCGACCAGUAAAUCCAUUUGGCCAUGUGGUUUUGUAUCAAAACAGACCUGGGAAAUAAGUUGGGCUGAUAUUCAACAACAUUGCAAUAAUAUCGAAUACUGCAGUGUUUCCAAUUGCAUUUGCAAUAUCUCUCAUAAUCUUGAAAAUAUACCCCCUCAGCGAUGAAAUUGUAUAUCACGAUAAUUGGAAUAUAUUAUUUAAAUAUAAAUAAAGUCAAUAGUACCAGACCAUGACACCCUGCAGCCCAACUACAUUUGGGCGUUUUACUAGCAGCAAACCGUCUUCACAGUGCUGACCUUUCAGGACAGGAGAGAACAAAACGGAGGACGCUAUCACAGAUUAGCAUUAGUGUUUCAUUUUUGUUUAACCCUCCUCUCAGUCAGUGCCCAAGUGCUCUUUUGACCACAAGUGUGACUGUGUAGCUAUAUAAAACCCUAGCAAUUAGCUUACCUGAUACAGUAGUUCACCAGCUAACCCUGCAGGUAGUCUCUAUGUCACCAAACCUCCAGCACUGGCAUUUUCUUCAGGACAUGUGGUUUCUGAUGUGAGAGGUGUUGGAUUAUAAUGUUUUCUCUGAACACCUGUAGGAAUACAGUUGGUAAGUUCCUUGUUGGCAAGCAGGAUUUGAGUGCUCUACCUGAACACUGGUCUCUAUUUAUUUAUUUUUUCUAGUUUUUGGGGUUUUUAACAGGAAAUUAAAUAUAUUCAGCCACAGUUGUUGACACUUGGUUUGAAUUUUUAAGCUUUAAGAAAAAUAGCCUAACAAGCUAAUGUAUUAGAUUAUGCAGCAUGGCUGGAUUCAGUAAUCAUUUAGGCUUCCUAAUCUUAGACACCAAACAGUUUUUACAGAGCGGGUGUUACUUGGCUCCGCACCCUGGCAUUUAACUCAACCAAGGAGAUUAUUUCUUCUGAUAACUGUUUGUCAAACUAAACUAUUAGCUGUGGUUUCACUUGUCCAUCUACUCCAUCCUAUCACCAAGCACUUUGACCAUGAUUCUGCUUUGUUUAUUAUUCCGGCCUCCUGAUGCUUCCUGUCUCUUUACCAUAGAUAUUGUUUUGAGGAAUGUGUUGAAUAUAAUAUGAACUCCAAAAAAUACACUUUUAUACUUACAUGAAUUCAUUUGACUAUUAAUAUCAUACAGAGUUCCAUGCAUCUUGUUAUAUUUCUGUUGUUGUGUAAAAGUAUGCAGAUUUUGCCACUACAUUUGUUGUAAUUAUUGUGAAUUUGAACAUUUUCACCUCAGUGCAAAUUAAGAAGCGCGAUCAGUCAUGCUAACACAACAGCUGCCUGUUCCAUGUCCAACAAUGGACGCCAUAAACCAUCAAUGAUUUAAUGUCUGACAGUGACAGCAGAACUGUGUGAGACACAUAGUGGCGAUGAUAAGCUUUAACAUAUGUAUUCUGUUAUAGCACUUCAUAGUGUUGCUUCAGUCUCAUACACAUUUCAUUAUUCACAACUGAAUUAUUCUAUUCUGUCAAGUUUGUUGAUA